CUCUUGGUUAACUGGGCUAGCCCCUGUCGGUUAAGACCAUGCUUCUCUUCUCUCAAUCUCCCCUGGUUUCUCACUCCCCUCUUCUGUUUCCCUCCCUGAUAAAAAUGACGAAGGAGAUAGAAAUGACGAUGGAACACGAGAACGAAUGCAAAUACAGAGGAACAAGAACUAAAUUAGGGAACCGAGCGGCCGAACACCUUUAUGGUUAUUCUGCCUCAGAAGCGCUACGUCGUAACAUUCUCGGAUUUAUUGUUGAGGAGCGCGAUUUCAAUGAAGCAAAUGAAAUAGUUCGCAGAAAUUCCUCAGGAGAAAUCUGGACAGGGCUGUUCCCCCUCAGGAAUAAGCACGGAAGACGAUUUCAAAUCACAGCCACAAACACCCCGUUGUAUGAUGACAGUGGUACUUUUGUUGGAAUUAUUUGUUUAUCAUGUGAUUCAGAUCUUUUUAGAGAAGUUAUCAUACCAGUUUCAUUCGGCACAAAUCCUUCGAAAGACGAUGCCUAUCCCAAACCUGGUUUUGCCUCUCAGCAACAUUCUCUACAACUCGAAGUUUCUUCUAAAACUUCAGCAUUGGCAUCACAAAUGACUAAAAAACUCUGGUCGAAAAUGAGAAUUCGUGAAAGCACCAUGAAAUGUGAGACUCAGGGUGGCAGCUGGUAUUUCUGUUGUCAAGGUUUUCCAGAAGCUAUUAGCUCUGACCAGAGGCUGGUCACGUCAAAGGAAGUAUCUCUUGGAAACCCAUCUGGAGAUUCUGCUGAUGAUGAGGGUUCACAUAAGACUAGGAUCUACAAGAUGAUAACAUCUAGGGUGAUGGGGAUAUCGUGGCAGCCACUGGAAGUCAUUGAACAACGUAAGAAUUGUGACCAACAAUACCAGGUAUCGGAAAGUAGCACGUUUGCUGCAAAUGAAGCCUCUGGUGGAAAUGAAACAUGCAUGUGCGGUGAUGGUACUAAUAGUAGUAGCAACCCUCAUCGUGAAUUGUAUAUGGAUGCAGAUGCUUUCUGUUAUGAUAUUUCGUGGAACACCUUGACAUUUGGUGCACAAUUAGGGAAAGGUUCAUGUGCAACUGUGUACCAUGGUCAGUGGUAUGGCUCGGAUGUUGCAAUAAAGGUAAUUUUCAAAUUGGAAUACACAGAUGAUUUGCUGGGCUCCUUUAGACAGGAGGUAUUACUUAUGAAGAGGCUCCGGCAUCCAAAUGUGCUACUCUUUAUGGGUGCAGCAAUGUCACCUCACCAUCUGUGCAUUGUCACUGAGUUCCUUCCACGUGGAAGUUUGUUUCAGUUGUUUCGACGUUGCACUCCUACCUUAGAUUGGAAGCGGCGUGUUCAGAUGGCUUUGGACAUUGCACAAGGUAUGAAUUACCUUCAUCUAAAUGAACCACCAAUCAUUCACCGUGAUUUGAAGUCGUCAAAUCUUUUGGUUGAUAGGAACUGGACUGUGAAGGUUGGUGAUUUUGGUCUCUCACGACUCAAACAUGCAACAUUUCUCACAACAAGGAAUGGGAAAGGAACGCCACAGUGGAUGGCUCCAGAGGUUAUUCGUCAUGAGCCCGCAGAUGAGAAGUCUGAUGUAUAUAGCUUUGGAGUCAUACUAUGGGAGCUUGCCACAUUACAAAUCCCUUGGGAUGGCCUAACCUCGAUGCAGGUAAUUGCAGCGGUAGGAUUCAUGGACAAACGAAAUGAGAUUCCAAAAGAAACUGACCCUCGAUGGGCAUCUUUAAUCAAAAGUUGCUGGCACAGUGACCCAAAAUGCCGGCCAGCAUUCAAGGAACUGCUUGAAAAGUUGAAAGUUCUGAAGAGACAUUAUUUUGUUCCAAAGCCCGAGAGAAUUUCCUGUUGAGAUAUCAUCAUCAACUUUCUCUAUCUAGAAAUAACUAAAUAUAGAUAAAGAAGCCUUGUCUGUAGAAUCUUUUUUUGUUAACUGAAAUAACUAUAUAAUUGAUAAUCUGUUCUAAUCAUCAACUAGUAUAAUUAGGGCGUCCUUGUUUCAUGGUAACCUCAAGAGAGUAGAUUCCGAUGUGCUCGAGUGUGUAGGUGCUAUCGAGUUGAGUGUGAAGUUAGUACUAGAGUUAUUAUUACUAGUAAAUCAGUUCUUUUUUUUUCUUUCUGUAAUUGGGCGGAUAACAAAUCAAAAUCUAUUUCUCAAUCUCGCAAUUUACUAUCUGUAUAAGUAAUUUCAUUUAUCUAAAAAUAGUCUUGGCAGUGGAGUAAGAAAUGAUGGAUAAUCAAUGACAAUGAAAACUGCAAUGGAAAUAGAAAACAGUAAACAGAAGGACUUAGAGUUAGAAUUAUAGAAGAUAACAUAGCCAACUGGGCCUUGCCUGGGUCUGGUUUUCACUAAGAUGAGGGUUUGAGUCCCUGUCCUUUAAUAGUUGUCUUCGCUGCAUCAGAGUUGUGAGUUGCCCCUGCAUGGGUGUUGUUGUUCUCCCCCUAUCGCUGACAGUGUGACAAGUUUUCUAGCUCAUAAAUUAAAACUGCCUUUGACGAGCUGACAUGUAUCAUAUAAACUUCUUAGAUUCUAUAUUGUAAUACCAUUACAAAGAAAUUUGGUGAAAACAUCUGUUUUUAGUGACAUCUAGCUGCUACAACACCAGUCACAUCAUCUAGAGAACUAAGAAGUUAAUGAGAAGAUACAUCUGAAUGUUGCUUCUCUCUGAAGGGCAUAUCAUUUUACGUCUUGCACAAUGUUUAAGAAAACAUUUUGAUGCUCGCCUCGAAACUCCCUUGAUGCUUGCUCAUCAACAGUUAGGUCUGAUGCGUCACGCCUUUUGAGCUAAGAAAAAACUAAAACAUUGGGCCUUCGGGGUGUUCUUUGAAUUCUUUUUGUCUUCUUAAAGCCUUUACGGUAUAAAUACUACUUGAAGAGGCUUUAGCAUGUGAACAGCAGUAACUUAGUAUGUAUACUUUUAGUUUUGUGUAUGGAUUGUACGAUGACUAUCAUAAUUUGUUAAUCCAUAUGAACUAUAAGUUGUGUUUAUCAUUUACUUAUUUUUCUAGCAAUUUCCAUUCGCAAUGUGUGGUAACGCAUCGAGGCUACCUCGUGGCUGCACAUCGCCUUGCCUCAAUGUCUCUUUAAACCUUGAUCAUGAAUAGUAGCAAUUGUUUGCUGUCUGACUUAUUUAAAUGGUUGCAGUAUCUUAAUCAUCAAUAUAGGUCAGUCUAUAAGUCGGACCAUUUUCCUAAAUCAAGAAAUGUAAGGAACUGCAAAAAUAUAUUAGCUGUGGGUUCCGUUGGUCCCUGCCAUGCUAUUUGUAAAGAGUUUGGUUUGAUGCAUUAAAUUGUCCAGGAGAUGUUGCUUGCAUGUAUUAUUUGUUUUGGAAUUUGGGGUUAGGUGUUGUCAUUGGAAGGUCUCAUCUUGAUGCUAUGCAACUCAAGCAGAUAACUUGUAGAAAAUCACUCAAGAUAGGCAGGUAUACUGAAAAAUUGCUAGCGCACGUGUGUGAUUAUCUUCUGACAUGCUUUUGCUUAAACAAAUUCGAGUUUUUGUUUGAUCCAUCUAUCCAUGAUGUAACCCCUAUUCGGUGUUGGCGUGGGUGUUGUUGAUCUCCGGCAGACCAUUUGUAAGGUUUAGAUUUGACGCAUUAAGUAUAUCUAGGAUGCAACAUUUUCUGGAAUUUUGAAAUUAGGUGUUUAGUGUCAACGCGAGGCCCGAUCUUGAUCUAUAUGACAAUGAAAGACAGAUAAUCUUGCAGAGUAUAAUUCAUGAUGGGUGGGUCUUACCAAGAGUUGAUGGCACAUGCGUGUGCUUAUCUUGUGGCAUACAAUUACUGAAACCGUUCAAGUUUCUGUGUAUAUGGAUUUUUGAACACAAGCUAGCAGUAUCCAUUGCAUAAUCCACUUCUGUUA